AGCCAGCGGGGCUGUCGGGAUAGGAACGAGGUUCCCAGUUGCUAUCUGUGUGCAUGGCCUGGCAGGGCUGCCACAAUAGGGGUAGAGUCCCCAAGGCCUGCCCCGUCAGGACUAUCACGAUAAGAGUAGCGUUGUCAUACCAGGAGUAUGGGCCCCGGGACCAAUCCUGGCAGGACUGCUGUGACAGGGGUAGGGUCUCCGAGACCAGCCCUAGCAGGGCUGUCAUGAUACGCGUGGGGUCCCUGUGCACCCAGGAGUGGCCCUGUCCCACGCGUCACUGUUCCCCACAGGCCUCAGGUCCCUGCCGGAUCGCUGCUGGAUUCCUGGCGGCUCCCUGCGGGGGUCCCUGUGCCUGGCAGGGCCAGCAUGGAGGCGAUGGAGGCGGAUGGAGCGCUCAGCCCUGGGGCGUUGGAGCGGGAGCUGCAGGCAGCUGUGGCAGCCGACGAGAGGCAGGCGAGGGAGAACGAGGCCAAGCUGCGGGCCCUGCGCCAGCGCGUCCCAUCCUACGAGGAGUUCAGGGACAUCGUGCUGGCAUCACACCUGAAGCCCCUGGAGAAAAAGGACAAGGAACUGGAUCAACUGCCUGGAACCUCUGCCGAAUUUUACAGAGACUGGCGCAGAUGCUUAAAAAGCGGGAAAGAAAAAUACCAGUUUUUGCUUGAACUUGGAGGAAAGGCCUUGGGCAGAAUCUUUCAGGCUGACUUGGGCUUUGGCCUCCUGGGUGAAUUCCUUAUGGUGCUGGCAGAGAACGUCUGUCAUGAAGACAGAGAUGCCAUCCUUCAGAUCUUAGAGAGCCUUUCGGGCACCAAGCGCUUCGGGUUAAACGUGGAUCUUCUGAGCGAGUCAGAGAAGGAAAGCAGCAGGGAUUUGUUUAGGAAGCUGUGGAGCAUGACCAGGAAUGACUGGACUGCUGGCCAUCCCAGCAGCCCAGCUGGCUGUGAACCGGAGAGGGAAGCCCACCUCACGGACACCAGCUUGCAGAAGGAAGCUGAGCAGGAAAGGAUGGUGAUGGAUCUGAUGAAACAUUACCAGGCCAACUGAAGGAGCAGAAGUACCCGGGUCGUGCAGAAACAGAGUGCAAAAGAGGCUCAGAGCUUGACUUUGGCAUCACUGUGCAGGACAGAUAAAUUGGAUACAUUUCUCUGUACCUGGGACCACCCAGAGUUAUAGUUUUGCACAAAUAAAGGUUAAUUACCGAGA